AUGGGAACAGUGAUGUCGGCGGGCCGCGUGAUAGGAGGGGAAUCUAGGAUCUUCGUGCAUUGUUGGUAUUACACGACGCCACACCCUCUCACCGUGCUGCACAUCCGCAUCCCCGGCCUCCGACACACUCGAUUCCGCGACAGGGGACCGUUUCUAAGUUCUUUGGCUCACGUUACUCGUGCGUUGUCCACGAUCGCGCUCCCUUCUAUUUGUCGCCCACACUUCCAACCGUCGCUCCCUUCCAUUCGCCUCCCUCUGUUCCGCUCGUCGCCCUCCCUUCCGCGCGUCGCCCUGCUCGUCUCUCUGCCUUUCGCCCGUCCCCUCUCAUCCGCUCGUUGCUCCACCUUCCACGCGUCGCCCUCCCAUCCGAACGUCGCUCUCGUCACCGUCCCUUCCACCCGUCGCCCUCCCUUCCGCCCGUCGCCCUCCCUUUCGCACGUCGCCCACCCUUCCGCCCAUCGCCCACCCUUCCGCCCGCCGCUCUCCCUUCCGCCGGUCGCCCACCCUUCCGUCCGUCGCUCUCCCUUCCGCCGGUCGCCCACCAUUCCGUCCGUCGCUCUCCCUUCCGCCCGUCGCCUUCCCUUCGUCUCGUCGCCCUUCCUCCCGCUCGUCCCCUCGCAGUCCCCGUCCUCCUCUCUCCCCAUCGCCCUCGCCAUCCCUCCCGUCUCCCUUCCCAUGGUGCACACUUCCAUUUCACUGAACCUACUUUCCCCCACCCUCUGCUCUGCUUCCUCUCUACCCCUGCCCUGCUUCCCCUCAUCCUCUGCCCUCCCUUUCCUUCAUCCCGUGCCCUCCCUUCCCCUCAUCCUCUUCCCUCUCUUCCCCUCAUCCUCUGUUCUGCUUCCUUCAUCCUUGCCCACUUUAUCGCCUGUCCACUUUACCGCCUGCCCACUUUACCGCCUCAAAUCCUUCCCUUCUCAUCCGCGCGCAGGUGUGGCGGAAGGUGUACGUGGCGUGGAGCAUGUUGGAGGAGCGGCUUGA